AUGCGCCUUCCUACCCUGUCCUGCUUCGUCGCCGCUGUCACCACCACGGCAGGUGUUCAGCUCGGUGACGCGGAAGAUCCUAUCAACAUCCUAGGCAUUGGACGCAACGACAUUGAACUCUUCCUGGGCAUCCCAUAUGCUCACGACACCAGCGGCGAGAACAGGUUCAAGCCUCCGGUUCCUUACAAGUACACUCCAGGCACAACUAUCGAUGCGACCAAACCUGGCCCCGCUUGUCCUCAACCACUAGGCGUACUCUACCCACCUCUUGGACUAGGCAACAUCACUGAGACAUCCGAGGACUGUCUGAACCUGAACGUAGCGAGACCCAAAGCAGAGGACAGACAAGGAAAGGGACCGCUGCCGGUUUUGGUAUGGAUUCAUGGAGGAUCUUUCUGGUGGGCGAGUAAUACGGAGCCGACAACUGCGCCUGACGGGAUGAUUAAGCAGUCCGUGGAGAACGGCGACCCAAUCAUACAUGUGGCCAUGAACUACCGUCUUGGAUUCUUUGGAUUCGCCAACUCCGACUCGCUCAAAGAGGAAGGAAGCAUGAAUGCUGGCCUGCGUGACCAGCGCGCUGCUAUCGAGUGGGUCCGCACCAACAUCGCUGCUUUUGGCGGGGAUCCGGAGAGGAUUACGAUCGCCGGCCAGUCUUCUGGCGGCCUCGCAAUCGGAAUGCAGAUCAUGGCUUACGGUGGGGAGAAGCCACUUCCGUUCCAGCGGGGUAUCGCCCAGUCUCAGUCCCUUGAACCCGGUAUCACUGGUACUUUUGCCAAGGAUGCUAUGAUCGCCCUGGUCGACUACGUGGGAUGCAACACUACCGAUGUGGAUGCUCCUGAGACGAUUGACUGUCUACGCGGAUUAGACACCGAGACGCUCUUUGAGGCUUCGAAUGCGACGUACCUUAGCGAUAUCGCGCAUAACAUCGGUGAUAUCUGGUUGCCACAGGUGGACGAUGAUUUCCUUCCUGCGCCACCAAGUCAGCUUAUCGCAGAGGGACGCUUCGGUAAUGCUACCUUCAUGUCUGGCUGGAUGCAAGGCGAUUUGAAUGUCUACACCAACACUUCUAUUGCAACUGCGCAAGAUACAUAUGACUUCGUCCGCGGUUACCUUCCAGCCUUUUCCGAGGACUCGCUGACUCAGUUGCUGAACAUGUAUUCCGUAGAAGAGUUCGGAAUCAGCGUGAACCUGACAGCAGAGUUUUACCGCUCAGCCCGUAUCUUCCGCGACAUUCUCAUGGUGUGCCCAUCACUACAUCUCGGUGCUGCGAUCGACAAAAAGUAUGAAGCUCCAGUCUACUUCUACAACUUCAACCAAACCAUCCUUGAUCCCAUCCUCGAGUACGUUGACGAUAUCGCCGGCUUUGGAGUCGUGCACACAUCGGAGUUUGCGUACAUCUUCGAUAGCAUGCAGGUAUACAACACAUCAGGCUACCCUUUCGAUCCAACAGAGUACGACUAUGAGCUUGCAAUGCGAGCAAGUCGGUCGUGGAGUACAUUCGUGAGUCGGGGAGUCCCAGCGGAGAGCGGACCACAAUCCACCACACUGUUGAACUGGGACGAGGCGUUUAGCCGGCCGGGUGGUCCGUAUGUCAGGACGAUAGGAGGAACGCAUCCGAGUAACAGUGCGCUGGGUGUGGCGAAUGCGACACGGGAGAUGGCAAAGCAGAAGCUCCAGGAGCGAUGCGCGUUCUUCAACAGUCCUGAGAUCAUCCAAGCGCUUCAGUAUUGA